AAAAAGCACAGAUUGAAACUUGAAAUCUGAAACCCUAGAGUUGAGACACAGUGUGAAAGUAACCAUGAGACGAUUUCUGCUGAGAAAUGCUUCUCUCUACACUCGCAAUCUUCUUCAUCACUCUUCUUCCACCGCCACUCCACUCGCCGUUUCAUCUCACUCCCGAUUCCGUCUCUUCUCCUCCGAUGAUAAACCCGCCCCACUUCCCUCCACCAUCGAAAAACCCGUUCCAGCUCCCUCCAUCAAAGAAUCCGCCCCUAUCGAAUUCGAAGACGUCAGCAACAAAGAUUUUAAAGCUAUGAUUGAAAAAUACUAUAAAGGCGACGAAACAAUGCUUCCGGCGAUCAUGGAAGCAGUUCUGAAGAGGAGAUUAUCAGGAAAACAUGAGGAUACUGAUGAUGAAUUGAUGCAUGAACUUUUUAUUAAACCUAUUGAUGAUGUGGCUGAUGAGGAUUUUGAAGAAGAUUUUGAGGAGAUGCAUGAAACUGAUGAGGAGAUUGAUGAUUUGUAUAAUGCAAGAGACCAUGUCAUGAAGAAAAUGGUUAAAGAUCCAUACUUUAAUAUGGAUGAGAAGAAAUGGGAUGACAUUGUUCAAGAUGGUAUUAAGCAUGGUUUUCUUAUGCAUACAAAGGAGUGCGAGGAUAUUCUCGAGGAUAUGGGUAACUGGGAUAAACUUCUCCCAGACGAUAUAAAACAGAAGGUGGAAACAAAAUUUAAUGAGCUAGGGGAUAUGUGCGAAAGAGGGGAACUUGAACCUGAAGUUGCUGCUCAAGAGUUUAAGAAGUUUGAGGAUGAGCUUGUGCUGGAAUAUUUGAAGAAGGCGGAAGAAGAAGCGGCCUUGCAGCCUGUUGAUAAUUCUGUGCCAGACGAGCAAAACUAUUCUGAUGAUCCGCCUGGUGAGGGCCCAAUUCUCCGGUGGCAAAGUCGAGUAGUAUUUGCUCCUGGCGGUGAUGCAUGGCAUCCCAAAAAUAGGAAAGUGAAACUAUCUGUAACGGUGAAGGAGCUUGGACUUUCAAAAUACCAAUUUCGCCGUCUAAGAGAAUUGGUAGGAAAACGUUAUCAUCCAGGGAGAGAUGAACUUACAAUUACUAGUGAGAGGUUUGAACACCGUGAAGAAAACAGAAAGGACUGCUUGAGGACUCUUCUCUCACUCAUUGAGGAAGCCGGCAAAGCUAAUAAACUAGUGGAUGAUGCCCGGACUUCAUAUGUGAAAGGGAGACUCCAGGGCAAUCCAGAUUUCAUGGCGAGGUUGCAUGCUAAGUCCAUGAAAUUGCGAGAAUCCAACCAAGUUCCUGCUUGAUUUUUCAGGUCUGAUGCAGGAAUUUCGGAACAUGUCACCUGCUUAAAUUUCCUUAUUGCCCUCAGAUUUUUAUUUUCUUUUGUGUUUUUUACCCUUUUUUUUGUAGUUUUUUUUAAUCUAUAAAAAGUAGUUGCAAACACGGGUUCAAGUUGUAGAAACAACUCUGCAUACUGGUGGGGGUAAGGCUGCGGAGAUCUGAUCCUCACCCCAAAAUGAUAGGAGACUCGCAAAGGGCUAAUCUUUAGUUAUAUUUUAUAUAUUUGCACUUGGCGAUGCUGAAGUUGUUUUUACCUGUAGCCAGUGGUUUAUGCUGGCCGACAUUUAGACAUGCUUUGGAGAGUUACUUGUCUUUUUCACCAAUAAUAUGAUUUAAUGUACAUAAGUGAUGCUCACUGGUCACUGCAAUGCUAAUUACUGACAGUUAAAAGGUUGUUAAUCCAUGAGCACUUUGUUGAUCA